CCCCGACCCCAAACAUUUAGUCGUCCACCGAAAGAUCUCAGCACGUAGAGUUCUGCCUCCAUUGCACCUCCGCUGGGCGACGCAGCCUCUUGCAUCGGUUCUCACAGUCAUCGUCCUUUCGAACGUUGGGCGUCUGUUCGUAGCUCACUCUAAUCCUAGAGCCCUUUGACUACUACUUAUAUCUCAACUAUUGUUCCACCACCUAUCAAGACGAAUGCCUCAACAAGAUAUGGCUGCCGUCGACACAAAUAUCGACAUACUUCCGGCAAAACCAUUGUUAGGCAAAGGAUAUCGGCCAGGCGGUAAGGUGCGGAGUUUCGGCCGCGCCGACUACGAUCGGUUCCGCAACCUCUCUCCAUGGUACAUGUGUGCUGGCGAAAAGGACAUCGGUUCCGUUCACGUCGAUUGCCGAUUGCUUCUGAAGAAGUCAAAACUGGGUGUCUUCGACUGUGGAGCCCACGAGCAGCCCGGGGGUAUAAUCUACUUCAAUUUGGACAUUUCUCAGCCCCGCGACUGCUCGCUCUCGGAUGCCACCGUCGAGAUCACGUUUGACCAGGAACACGCGUCGCUCAGACAGCAACAGAUCAAACCAGUUAACCCCCAGACCCUCGCUGCCCCCGUGCAGGUGGCGACAUGGGGCCCUACGAAGCUCACGGGCGAAAAGCGGACAGUGACGAUCGAGUCCGACGCCAAUGGAACGGCAUCUAUACAGUUCCCCGGGGGCGGCAUUGGGGGCGUUGGGAUGAACAAGAAGAAGACGGUCGAGCGCUGCAGCCGCUGGACGUUGAACAGUUCCCUUGUCAGGGGAAGGACUGGCAAGCUGUACCAGGGCCUGAAAUGGUCACUGGCGGCAAACAAGUUCGAUGGGGGUUCGCGACCCGGCGGCAAUGUUUACACUGCCUUCUCCUUCCAGUACAAUGGCCAACCUUUUUUCAUGAAGAUCAAAAUUGAGGGGAAGCUCGACCAGGCCACUGACCGAGUAAAAGAGAGGGGGAGAAGGCUAGGAAGAACGAUUAAGAAGCACUUUGGACCACGCCAGGGUCAUGCAGAAGAUAUUUGCACAACCCUAAUUGGAUCGUGCAGUGAGAGAGGUCUGCAACUCAAUAGGCUUGCUGACGAUCUGGAGAGAGAGAUGGAGAUGAAGAACUUUAUCAACGGCGUCCCGAUCGAGAUUCCGGAUGCCCAAACGGCAGGUUUCUUCACGGUCAAGACGGAUCGCAGAGCCCAAGACGACCACCCUGCUGAGCCGGAGACACCUACCAGCCAAAUACCACCACAGAAGGACAGACGACCAUCGCAAGCGCCCGACCUCUACGCGCAAGGUCCUUCGUUUCCCCAGAUAAAAGCCCUGGAGGAAAAUGACGGUUCUCGAGCGUCGUCUCGGGAAGAUCCAACAGCGCCUACCCUCGUAAACCUCUUCAACGCAGAGCAAAGGUACUUUAGGCCUCCCGCCAUCCGAUCCGAUGCCCCAAAAGCGCCCAUAGUAUCUCCCCAGGAGGCUACGAAAAGCGAGGGUGAAAGCAGCAGGUCGCAGCGAUGGGUGGAGGAUGACAAUGCUGUCCAGCUUUUUACAGACGGCAGAGAUACACGGCCGGAGACGCUGGGGAUGAUGGCGAGAAUGUUUGGGUUCACAGCGGUGCGCCUGUUCUUGCAGCUUCUGAGUGAGCUCCUCUGUAUUGAGUGGCGGCCGUCGCAGAAGAUCAGGCUCAUGGAAGAGGUGAGAAGGAAGGGUGGCCGAGAUGUUCGGCGUAACACAGUGCAACCCUGACAUGGGAGGCUCUAGAGCUUUAGGCCGAGAAUGUGGAGGGUGAUGCUACCGUGUAAACGCAAUGAACGCACAGG